AAGUUUUUCUUUUCUUUUUGUUGAGAACCCCUGCCAACCUUCCAUUCAGGGGUCCCAACCAUUAUCGGAAGAGCAAUUAGGAGAAAAGUGGUGUUUCCGGCAACGUGGCUUUUUUUUUUUACACUAAUCUUUUGGCCGGAACCCAGAAUUAAGCACUUCAUGUAAUUCUGAGGAACGAAGAACAAUGUCGGCCGCACCUCACAAUUCUCCCGAUGAUUCAACCCCCGAUAAUGCAACACCCGAUAACUCUACCCCCGAUGACUCUGACAACUCAUCUUCACCACCGUCAUCAUCACCACCAGCGUCACCACCACCACCACCAUCACCACCGCCAUCAUCAUCAUCAUCAUCACCGCCACCACCACUGUCAUCACCACCGUCAUCACCACCGCCACCAUCCUCAGGAAACUCCUCUCCGCCCCCACCAACAUCAAACAAUUCAAGCCCACCACCUCCCAGUUCAUCCUCGCACUCUCCUUCUCCUCCUUCAUCGACACAUUCUCCACCCUCCUCUCAAUCACCUCCAUCUCCUCACAAAUCAUUAGAAUCCUCACCAUCCUCUCAUAAGUCUAGUGGCGGAGACGAUAGCAAUAAGGCCAUAAUUGGAGCGGUGCUUGGGGUAGGGAGUGUUCUUCUUAUUGUAGUUAUUGUUUGUGUUGUUUGCUCCAGGAAGAAGAAAAAAAAGAAUAUGUACUAUUAUGGAGACCCUCCUCAUGGAAAAGGGAAUAACUAUUACAAUAACAGUGGGCAACACCCAAAUUAUUAUGGAGGUCCACACGGGGACCAUGUUGUGAGAGUACAAAAUGGAAUGGGUCCUAAUGGUGGCGGGUGGGGUGCACCACCACCACCUCCUCCAUUAAUGAAUAGUGCUGAUAUGAGCUCCAAUUACUCAACGGGGCCACCUCCUCUGCCUCCUCCCUCACCAAGUCUUGCUUUAGGCCUUAAAGGGGGUACUUUCACUUACGAAGAAUUGGCAGCUGCCACCAGUGGAUUUGCCGAUAUAAAUUUGAUAGGACAAGGUGGCUUUGGUUAUGUCCAUAAGGGUGUGUUGCCUAAUGGAAAGGAAGUGGCCGUUAAGAGUCUAAAAUCAGGUAGCGGGCAAGGAGAGCGAGAGUUCCAAGCGGAGAUUGACAUCAUUAGUCGCGUUCAUCAUCGCCAUCUCGUGUCACUUGUUGGAUACUCUAUUGCUGGCGGGCAAAGAAUGUUGGUCUAUGAAUUUAUUCCCAAUAAUACUCUAGAAUAUCACCUUCAUGGAAAGGGUACACCAACCAUGGAUUGGCCAACUAGAAUGCGGAUUGCAAUAGGAUCAGCUAAAGGGCUUGCCUAUCUUCAUGAGGACUGUCAUCCUCGCAUAAUUCAUCGUGAUAUUAAAGCUGCAAAUGUCCUUAUUGAUGAUAGCUUUGAAGCAAAGGUUGCUGAUUUUGGAUUGGCUAAGUUAACUACUGAUAAUAAUACUCAUGUAUCGACUCGUGUCAUGGGAACUUUCGGGUACCUAGCUCCUGAAUAUGCAUCAAGCGGAAAAUUGACAGAAAAAUCUGAUGUUUUUUCAUUUGGAGUCAUGUUAUUGGAACUUAUAACUGGAAAGCGACCUGUAGAUCACACAAAUACAAUGGAUGACAGCUUAGUAGACUGGGCUCGACCACUACUAACUCGUGGACUAGAGGAGGAUGGCAACUUUGGAGAGUUGGUGGAUUUAUUUUUAGAGGGAAACUACAGUCCUCAAGAACUGCAAAGGAUGGCAGCUUGUGCUGCUGCUAGCAUUCGUCAUUCUGCCAAGAAGCGUCCAAAAAUGAGCCAGAUUGUGAGAAUAUUGGAAGGAGAUGUCUCACUAGACGACUUGAGGGGUGGGGUUAAACCAGGACACACUGCUUUCACCCCUUCAUCUUUGAAUUCAGAUCAAUAUGAUACAAUGCAAUACAAUGCUGAUUUAGAAAAGUUCAGAAAAGCAGUGUUUUCUAGCCAGGAAUAUGGCACCACCAGCAGUACCUCUAGCGGUGAUAUGAGCGGCCAGAGGCAUCAGCACUUUUAGGCUGCUGAAUUAACGAUAUUAGCAAUUCUACUAUCGUUAAUCACACACGUGAAAAGGGAGAAAAUCAAGGGGGGUUUUUCUACUUUUUCUUGUUUAAUUGAUAUGAGAAGUGAGAGUGUGAGAUCUCAUUUUGCAGAGAGUUGAGUUUGACGCCUUCGUUUGGGAGUGUGUUUAAGGCGCCAAUCAAUGUCACCUCCAUGUUUUGUUCAAUGUUUUUUUUAUUCUUUAUGGCUAUUGCGGACUUGGGGACGUAGAGCAAUACCUUUGAAAUGGAGUCCUAGACAUAAUAAUAAUCACUCCUAUUAU